CAAUACGUCGCACGGAAUUUAGGUCAUAAUAACGUCGCGGCAGUCUCGCCAUUUUUGCUGCUCUUUGUGCAACAUCGUUUGCAGAGAGUUUGCUUGAUUUCAACAAGCCAUUUGCCUAAUUCGGUCACAAAAAUGCAGGGAAACAGAGGGCCCCAGCAGAACCACGGUCCCAACCGCCCGGGAGACCAAAUGAAAGGCGAGGGAACCAACGGCCAGCAGCCCGAGCCCAGCGAGCAGACCAACCCCAACGAGGCCUUAACGCUGGACCCGCAGAGCUUCAGGAAGCCCGGAGAGAGGACCUUCACCCAGCGGAGCAGGCUGUUUGUGGGAAACCUGCCGACUGGGACCACCGAGGAGGAUCUGGAGACGCUAUUCGCCAAGUAUGGAAAAGCCAAUGAGAUCUUCAUCAACAAAGAGAGAGGCUUCGGCUUCAUUCGGCUGGAGACAAGGAUCAUAGCAGAGAUCGCCCGAGCCGAGCUGGAUGACACCCCAUUCAGAGGCAGGCCCAUUCGGGUGAGGUUCGCCACACACGGCGCUGCUUUAAGUGUGAAGAAUCUGCCGGAGUUUGUGUCCAACGAGCUCCUGGAAGAAGCCUUUGCUGUGUUUGGUCAGAUAGAGAGGGCUGUGGUCAUCGUGGAUGACCGAGGGAGGCCCACAGGGAAGGGGAUCGUGGAGUACACCUCAAAGCCAGCUGCUAGAAAGGCUUUGGAUAAGUGCAGUGAUGGUGCUUAUCUCCUCACAGCAUUUCCUCGACCCAUUACAGUGGAGCCUAUGGAGCAGUUUGAUGAAGAGGAGGGACUGUCAGAGAAAUUGAUAAACAAAAACCAGCAGUAUCACAAAGAGCGUGAGCAGCCACCUCGAUUUGCCCAGCCUGGCUCCUUCGAGUACGAGUAUGCCAUGCGCUGGAAAGCCCUGAUGGAGAUGGAGAAGCAGCAGUAUGAAAUGGUGGACCGCAACAUGAAGGAGGCCCAGGAGAAGCUGGAGACUGAGAUGGAGGCGGCCAGACACGAGCAUCAGGUGAUGCUGAUGAGGCAGGACCUGCUGAGGCGGCAGGAGGAGCUGAGAAGGAUGGAGGAGCUCCACAGUCAGGAGGUGCAGAAGAGGAAGCAGGCCGAGCUCCGGCAGGAGGAGGAACGCCGGAGGAGAGAGGAGGAGAUGAGGAUGCGCAAUGAGGAGAUGAUGAAGAGGCAGCAGGAGGGCUUCAGGGGCAACUUCUCGGAAAAUAGGGAGCAAGAAAUGAGGAUGCAUAUGGGCGGCCACGGGAUGCCGAUGAACAGAAACUCUCUGGGUGGUAACUCUGGUUCUGCUGGUACUGCUGGCAUGGCUGCUGAGAAUGCUCCGAUGAUGGCAGGACCAGGAAACAACAACAACAUGCCAGGAGGCCAGGGUGGCUUCCCCAGAGGUCUCCCCGGCCCUGGAGACUAUGGACCUAAUAAGCAGCGCAGAUUUUGAAUCACAUGUCUCUUCGCUCCCUUUUCAUACUCACUGUUCUUUAUGUUCAGGUAGUAAAGGUUCCUUUUGAACUUUGAACACUGCAUGUACUUUUUUGUACCUUUUUAUUUGUACUUUUGAAUUCCGUUUUAGUACUAAAAUGUCAAACCCUUCCACACGA